AUGAAGUUCGCAUUCGCAUUCGUCCUGCUCGCCCUUUUCGCGGUGGCCAGCAUCUCGGCCCUUCCCGCCGAAGGAGACAGCGCUACGGCUACCAACGAAGGAAAGGCUACAAUCCAGGUGGAACUGACCCCGGCAGAGCUCUCCGAGAUGCAGGUCGCGAUGGGUGGACUGGAAUGCGAUAAUGGACGCGUUCCUCAGCCGCCCAGCAAGCCACCCAACACUGCUCGAGAUCGUUUACUUAAUUCGCAUUUUUUUUUUCGCUUCCUGUACCACUUGCAGACUGUUCAGACGGCAUCCCCGUGGAGGCCACAGCUACCGCUGCCGAAGGAUAUUACGGCUCAUGUGCAGCAGCAGCAGAAACAGCAAGCCAUGGAAAAGGCACACCCAGCGACGCACAAGUCAAAGGACGGCAAAAAGUGGUCCCUCGGCAGUUUGUUCCGCAAGAAGAAGAAGGACGUUGAGACGGACUCGAGCUCGGAGGAGGACCGUAAGGCCGGUUUCGUGCCGGUGAAAAGUCACGGUACGCUAAACGGUAAGCGCAAAAAGCGCUCCAGCCGGCCUGUCGGUGCUGGGUUUGAUCACAUCGUCGUUGGGUCGCAACAACCGCACCAGCAGCACAUUGUCUCGCAUCAUCCGCAUCAUCCGCAACAGCAGCAGCAGCAGCACCAGAAUCAGUACGGAUUUCGGGAGAGCGAUAGCAUCAACUCGAUCGAAAAAUACCCAAUCGCCAAUGGGUCGCUGGAUCGGCGUGGUAAAAAGGCAGAACGCUCGCAAACACACUCGAAGGAACGCCAAUCGUCAAGCGAUGAGGAGUCACACCGUUCGUCCUCGAUGUCGCGGUUCCGCAGUGAUGACAGUUUAGGGAACCACAGUGCUGGUUCCCAUCGGAAAUCGCGAACGGCUCGUACCGAGCGUUACCUAAAGCGAAUGUCACGCGAUGAGGGUGGAAGUCCACAGGCUCAACCGGCCACAAACCGAUGGCAUACGCAACCCAUUUCACCCAGCAUGGUACACGGUGGCAGCGUGCAAUCGAUGGAUGUCGCGUACCGGAGACAUCCACAUCAUCAUCACCACCAGCCUCAAGGGACCCAUGUGAGCCUACGGAACUCGGCCAGUCUCACGAACGUCCCUCAGCAUCUGUAUCAGGCCAACUCACCCAGCUACGCACAUCAUUUGCAGUUGCCAUAUCCAGCGGGACUGACGGUACAGGCUCAGGUUCCAGGAGGAACAGCACCAGCCGUAACGUACGAGAACAGCUUCUACAUCCAGAGCAAGGCGAGCUCGAUGAGGGACGCAAUUCGAAGUCCACCACCAAUUCCACCGCGUGAUCCUCAGCGGCGGCUAACGAUUGGACACACGAACGAGGCACGCCCGGUUUCGUAUGCAUUCGAUCGAUACCAUCAGGUGGCAAACACGGGGACAGUGUGGCAACCCAACGGGAAGUGUAACAGCGAGGAUCGGCUUUGGGGUGCGCAGACACAGGGUGCCCAACGGACGCCACCCUGUACCGGAUUUGUUAGUGCGCAUACGGUGUCACCACCACGAGCUUCUUCGGUGCAACCGGCUGAGGUCCAGCAACACCAGCAACAGCACAGACAACGAUACAUAUCCCGGCAACAGCAACAACCGGUUAGCACUCUUCAGCCUCCAAGUACGCCACCCUCGAGUGUGGCUUACCACCAUAAUCAACAUCAUCAGCAGCAUCAGCAACAGCAGCAGCAGCAUCAGCAUCAGCAGCAGCAGCAUCAUCAACACCAUCAGCAACAGCAGCAUUAUCACGCCACGCUUCCUGGAACGCCUCCACAGCACUCGUUGGAGUACCGUUACGUAACGGAUGUAACGCCUCGGUCCCGCAAACCGAUCCAGAUCCAAGAUCGCACCUUUGAGCCAUUCGAGCCGAAGCUGGCCGAUCCAAUGCAAACCGGAAGUGAGUCCUCGCUUGCGUACAGCAUCACACCAACACCGAGCGGUGGUCGUGUGGGAUCUUCGUCCCGUUCACUGCGUGCAGAUAGCUCUGAUUCCGUCGGUGGUGGAGCUCGCACUCCACAACAAUCGGCAUCUGCUUUUUGGCGCCGGAUUGAAGAGGAACAGCAAGGAUCACAACCACGAAGAGGGCGUGCGACUGAACGUCGUCCAGGAGUAGCCGGAACGGCGGUUUCAUCUCGUUCCGUUUCCACCUCGCGUGCGCUUGAGAUCAUGAACCGUCGCAACCAGGAGUUGACACGUGAACUUGACAACUUGCUGGAUGACAAGCACUCGAAGGAUGUCCCCGGUGGUGAGCCCGAGAACGUCGUGAACGGACGGUUAUACCUGCGCCAGACGGCAGAGGGUGGUGAUCGAGCAAAGUCAAGCGAAAAGUUGUACGAAGUGAAGGCAAACGCGACUGCUGCGAAGAGCACGAACAAUGUGUACGAAGAGCAUGUGGCAAGGGCUGUCGCUCAGGGUGCACCAUCACAUGGUGGGUCCCAUGGCUAUCGACGAUAUGGAGAGGAACAUCGUCAUCAUCACAAGCAACAGCCGGCGGUUCAACAACCUCCUGCUCCACCAGCGCGAACGAUGUCGAAGCGCAACUCCUGCUCAGAGGAGGAGCUGGCACGGAAGCGUAAAUCCGCAAAUUUGGAGGAAGCGAUCAACGAGCUGGAAGCGAUCUAUAAGAGCCUCAAGCUGAGUGACGAGGAUCUCUUAGAGCGAGCGGAACAGCGUGAUCUGCCCACACCGACCGGGUUCAGUCAGCGCGCCCGACACUACCGGUACGAAGCGGAUGAAGAGCGCGCUAAAGCCGAACCGGACGUCCGGUUGGAUGACCUAAGCUAUCGCAGCAUCAAGCGGGCAAAUAGCUCGAUCAGGUCACCGGAUACGCAGCCUCCGUUUGGCAUUCCGGUUGGACCGAUUCCGCCCUCACCAAACACGGACUAUCUGACGGUUCAGGCACCAGCGAAAGCCGGUAAGCCGCGGUUCAUGCCACAGCGAUCACCCGACCUGGUGGCGGACGAUCUUGCCUUCCGGCAGCUACGCAAGGAUAAGGAUCUGCUGGCGUGCAUCGAUCGGGCGGGUGGAAGACACGUGCCGGCGCAGAGCGGCAACACGAGCAGUGGAUCGGACGAUUCACGUCAGAAGCGAUCAUCCGCUGGGUCGCUGUCUUCGAACAUCUACAGUCAGAUCCAGCGUGAUGCUGCUAAACCGUCCGGUGGCAAUCUGGAGGACUACUACAAGAUCGAGCUGUACGCGAAGAGUCUGCGGGAGACGAGCAAACCGGGCCGGGAUGUGGCUUCGAAGCAACCGAAGGAGCCUUCUCCCGUGAAGGAGCAGGUGGUGCAGAUUCGAUCGAAGAAGAGCUCUACAACGCCCCCAAGAGACAAUCGGGGCGCUGUUUUCAAUCUGCCUUCGACGCUGAAAUCGAGCGCUUCAAGCAGUCCACCCAAGAGUCCUCGCGAAGAAGGCAGCGCGGGUAGUACACCUACACCACGUCCUCGGUCGGGAACGGAACCCGUCAUCGUGGGUGCGAAGCAUAAGGCCGAGUUUGAGGAGAUCCUGAAUGCGAUCGCGCUGGAGGCACAAACCACUAGCGAGCAGUUGGGUGCGGAUUUGGCGGAACUGCGGAAGGAAACGCAAUCCGUGUCGAGUGUUGGCACCAGCCCGGAAGUGAAGCAGGUUGUUGUGCGUCCCGUCAACAAGACGAUCGUCCAGGGUAAGGCCUCUGUAGCUCCGGUGGCUGCUGUUGUUGCUGCGACGGAGAGCAAAUCUCGCCCGGACACCGCCGUUGAGCUCGAUGAGGCAGCUGAGACCGCCAAGUACUGCGAGCGUGUACUUCGGGAUGUGAUCGAAAAAGCACCGAAGGAUCGACCAGAACCAGUCGUCUCUGUGGCAUCUGUGGAAAGCAGUAAGAAUCCGUCACAGACCGAGCCCGAACGGAGUGCAAUCGUGCAACCUGCGAUUGUGGAGCCACCGGAAGCGAUCGACACCUCGGUAUCGAGUGGUCUUAUCCAGCAGCUGACACCCGCUGGUAGCUUUGAAACGCUUAGUCAACGCUGCCAAGAACAGCUGAGUGAACUCGAGGUAGAGGAGGAACAGCGUGACGAGCGUGUAAAGUCGUCGAUCGAGCGCGAUUAUGACAAUCUGGUCGAGAGUAUCGCACCGUUCGAGUCGGACACCGACAAGAAGUCGACCGAGGAAGAGAUCGACCAGAUCAUGAAGGAGUGCGGUAUCGAGAUGGAAACGCGCCAUCUAGCGGCGACCCAAAAAGUGACCGUUGCCGCCCAGGCCGACCUUAGCGAUCAAACCUCCGAGCUGAAGUCGUCCAGCGAGACGGACGCACUGCCAAAGUCCACGUCCCAGAGUGAGCCGGGUGUAAAGCCCGGCCAAUCAACCGAUCUGCGAGGGCAGCGCGUAUCAAGCAGUAGUUCACCGUCGAACGAGAGCCGCAAGCCGUCCAGAUCUCCGCCGGUUUCGUCCGUGCGGUUGACCCUGUCCGACGCCGAAUCGCAGUACAACUCGUCCGAGGAGCUAGCCAUGAUCUUCGGCAUCAAGAGUCCGACCCCGACAGAAAACAAACCGUUCGUGAACAGUGCUAUUCAAGAGUUGGAGAAGAAGCUCUCAUCCGCCACUGCCAAACUGAGCUGCCAACAGCAACCAGAGUCUAGUUAUCAGCUACAGCAUCAUCCGUAUCCUGCACCAUCUCAUCAGCCACCUGCGCUUUCGUAUCAGGAGCAACCGGAGCUGCUGCAUUACGCACAUCCACAACACAUCCAGUAUCAGCAACCCGUGCCGUCUCAGCAAGUGUACGAAGCGCAACUCUAUCGUGCACCAGCAGAAGAGAAGGAGUUUUACGUUACUACCAAAAGCAGCACGCUUGCACAUCAGCCAGCUCGAUCGUCCAACGAAUGCUCCGGUUUGCACGCGAUCCUGCAGGUGAUACGUGCAGAGCAGCAACAGCAAGAGAAGCAAGAUUGCCAGGGGCGAAACAUUUCGAAACAUUGUGAUCUCUACAUCGCUACUGCCAGCAGCCCGCUAGGGCGAGAAUAUCCGUCAUCGAAUCAAGCGUCUCAACCUCCAGCAACUACGCCGCAGGCGGCACCCAAAUUUAGUGCCGUCAACUUCCGGCGCAUUCAGCGACAUCCGCCGGUGUCGUAUCCGAAGCGUCCUCUGGUAACCCAGCGUUCCCUUGGCUCGCCACCAUCGGUAAACGUUGGCUCGAGCUAUUCGCCCUCCACCGCAACAAGCUGCACGACAUUUGCCUCAGCAUCGAUUCUAAACGGGCAUCAACAGCAGCAGCAAGUAUCUAGGCGUCGCCACCACGGGUCGCGAAGGCAUGAAGCCUUCGUCAAGACGCGCUCCAAAACCAUAUCGGACUUUUUUGGGCCAGAAUCGACCCCGGUCAGCCGACUGCUGAACAUAAUAUGUCAAGAGAAGGAAGCGGAAAGGGCAGCAGCGCACAUCAUGAACCAGCAGCAGCAGAGCUCUCGCACGAUCGCGGCGAAGGCGUCCGCGAGCGCGCCAUCUAGUCACGGUGCGGCCAGGACCCAUCCGGUCCGGCCACCGCCUUCCGGUAGUCAAUCCGCCUCGCUCGUAGUCGGCGCUCGGUCGCGCAAGGAAAACAUUGUACCGGGUGUGGCGAACUCGGGCUCGGACACCGGCAGCAGUAGCAGUGCCUGUGUAGCGCCGGUGCUGGUUGAUCCGGCAUACGCCGCCAAGGAUAUAGAUAGGAUAGCGAAAUACAAAGCCGAUAGACGUAAAGCCAUCUACUUAAGAAACAAUGUCCACGAGAACGAAAAUGAAAGACUGGAACCUAGCAAAAGAUCAUCAUCUAGAACACCGAAUACUCUUCCAUCAAGUGCAAUUCUUAGCAAACAGCAGCAUUCAUUGUUACCACCUUCAUCCAAGUCGACCGGCUCCAGCAUUAAACGUCCUCAAUCGGUCGGUCUUACGUCCUCAACGAAAGCUCCUUCAUCCGGCAGCAGUGGUAUUGGCGUGGGAUUGGCCAAACAGGUGUCCACGCGAUCGGUCGCCAGUGGCGCUCGAGAACGUAGUGCAAGCUCGGGUAACAACCCGGCGGCCAGUCGUUCAGGUGAUGAGAAGAGUAGCAGCACUACUAAGGUAGCCCCCGUGUCACCAAACCAUGUGGGUUCUACAGCCACGAAGCAAAUUCGAACGACUCGAUCCUCGCGUUUGCGUGCCGCAGCUGCUCACGACAAGGAACGAUCACCAUCAUUGAGCAACGUGAAAACUACCGCAGUACCGAUAAAUCCUUCCGUGAUCGGGGCGCCUGGAGAAGAGCACCAACGGCCGCAGGCAAUAGAGCGAUCCCAGCGUGCCGUGUUCCAUCGGGUUCCGGUGUCCGGAGCAUCUGCUGUCCCAGUAGCUCCACGAGCAGAGACAACAUCCGCACGAACAACAUUAACGAAACAUUCCACCAGCAAUGGACCGCAGGCGGUAACGAUCAGGAAUAGCAAGUUAUUGUCCUCGAUGCCAAAACGGGAACCUGUGGCGAGAAAAGUUCUUCCCGGCACUGGAGGGGACACUUUGCCCGCAGCAGCCGAGAAUGGCAAACGUAUGGUGCCGACCAUUGCCGUUAACAUGAAACAGAGACUGAAGACCACGACUGAAACGAUUAAAAGCGAGCGUGUGGCCAAAGCGAUUGAUCAACCUCCUGCCGUCCCUGUGAAGCGUGGCAUCCUUACGAAGCAUCGCACCAACGUGGUCCCUGUGGAUCCCACCGAUAGUGACGUGGAAAAGUCGCUGGUUGAUCGCAUGCAAUCACUGAACCUAUGUGCAAGUGCAGUGGACAAACAUGUACCCGUUACCGUUGGACUUCAGCGGGAAGGUUUUUUUGAACUUCCCUCAAAGCUUAUUUCGAAGAUGCCGUCUCCUGGCUUAACUAAACCGAGCACGAUUGUCAGCUCGCAAGAUGGUCCGGCAGCCGAAGGCAUCGGAACGCCUCGCCUUAGAACGUCCACCAUGAAAAGAGCACACGCAACGCGACCGGAUGCAGCCACCCUACCGCGGGAUAUUAAUGGGCUAAGUCCUGUAAAAGGACACCUAGCAGAGCCGCCGAAGGACAAAUCGGCGAAACGUAAAUCUUUUCUCAAUCGCUCGCAGACAGAAGAAACGACCGGUGGCACAAGAUCUGCAACGAACUCAAGUUCCACCAGCCGGUAUCAACGCCGCUUGAAGAUGCCCCACAGCAGCCCGGACAUGCACUCGUCCAGCAACCGUUCAUCACCCCUUAAAUCAUCAUCCUCGUCGGAAAAAUCACCUACCAAUUCGCCGCGACCAUCGUGUUCGUCGACCCGCUCGAGUCCGAAGCAUGGCAUCGCAUCACCGGAAACGGUCUCUAAGGCUGGUUCAUCGCCUGUACGCAUCUGCUCGCGAUUAUCGGCGGGUUCAAGUGCUAAUGGUACUGCCAACAACAGUCCGACGGUAUGUUCACAGAGGCGUAGUCCUCCGCUUUCGUUCCACAUGGAACAGGCACGACGGGAGCUGGUUAUCUCACCGUCGAGAACAAAUCGGCUUCUGAAAAUCGUCACCGAAUCAGUUAGUGCCUCUGAUGAACCAAAGACAGCUGUUGCUACACUGGAGUUCGAGAAGGAGCCAGAAUUGUCGUUACAGCCGGAGAAAUCUCCUGUCGUUGAUGUUGAAAAGCAAAGCAUGGUUGCAAAACCAGAUGCAGCUGGAAUUGAUUGCGAUAAUGCAUCACGCGAUAAACCGGAAUUAGAAGUUGUACCUAGCGUGAUGGACGAAGCUGAUGAGAUAUCGGAAGAGCAUUCGUCGUCGAUUGGGCAAUAUUCUAAAUUUAGUCAAAUUUUAAAAUCACCCACAUUAGAGAUCGCCGCAAUUAGUGAUAUUAUGGAUGGUUUAGCGAUCGCUGAUAUUGGUUGUGGGGCAGAUCAAGGGACGGAAGAUGAUAAUAAUGGACAGGAGAUGGAGCCGCAAGUGCCAUUGGUCAUGGAACGACAGGAGUACGCUAUGGAAGUGGAUGAGCAACCGGAAAUGGAAGCAGGUCCUUCUGGGCUGUGCAAUGCCGCUGGUGGUGUCGACAACCACGAUGAUCAUGAUACUGAAGAUGACGAUGGCGAUGAAUUGAUUAUCGAAGCACCGUCAAGAGGUUACGUGGCAGUGGUCGAAGUUGGAGAGGAAGACGAUUUGCAUCAUCAUCACCUUCACAGGGAGGAGAUGCGCCCUGCCAAUCGAAUCCUGUUCGACAAUCAGUUCAACGAUGAGUUUGUCGUCAUCGAGAACAGCCCCAAGAGCCAACUAAUUCAAUCGUUGGACGAAACUGAUAUUAUUGUGCUGCGUGAUAACGACGAUGAGGAAGGUUUCAACGAGCGGCUUCCGUCGAGACCGUCCAGUGGAGGUUACCUGGAGAAAAAGAAAAAGCUGGUCAAGAUGAGCUCGGUGGAGCACUUCGAACGGAAAAGUUUAUCUCCGCUGAGCGUGGGCAAACUCUGCACGUCCUCGUCCUCGAUCUCGCGGGCGAAAAGCAUGGACGAGAGCAGUGCUGUGCUAGGUGGAUGUACUUCGUCCUCUGCUGGAGCGGCUUCCGGCACUUCCGUCAAUCAUAUAGUGUCGAUACUGAAGCGUAAAACGGUCGAAUCGUCAGCGGCAGCCAGUUCCGCGUCUAGUAAUGCGUCUCCCGUGACGUUUUCGCCAAGCGUUGUGGAUACACCCAUCCGAUCCAACCGAAAGCAAGGAAUACUGAAGAAACGUUGCUCGCUGGAUGAAAGUCGCUAUAGCCGCAGCCAUUCGCCAGACGAUCGUUCUAUUCUAGUAAAACAUACGCGUCGCAAUAGUUUCGAAGAUGGUGCUAGUUCGAAUCAGCAGCAGGCACACGGAAUCCUUAAGCAAAAAAGCUACGAAUCACGUGAGGACGUAUCCGCUAGUGGGGGAACCAGCCGAAACUCUUUAGUUGGUGGCGUUGGUACCGGAACUGCGAAUGGAAACAUUUCGCAUGGCAUUCUUAAGAAAAAGAACGAUAGCUCGUCUACGUCCACGCCAAGUGAGCAACCGAAGCACGUAUCAAUCUCACAAGCUGUCAUACUGGCGGCGGCUGAAAUUUGCCAGGACAUGUUGCUGGUGGACGAAGAUGAAACUAGCGCUUACGAUAUUAAACCAAUCCUGAAAACGGACCACCAGGCACCGAUGACACCGAAACCGAUACUGAAGAAGAAGUAUUCCUCGGAGAACGAAGAGAUUCGACCGAUUUUAAAGAGUUCACGCAAGAGCUCUCGUGAAGAAAACUCCGAUUCCGAGGAAAUGAAACGAUCAAUUUUGAAAAUCGAUUCACCUGCGAAGCGAACACGCUGUUACGUUGAGCAAUCUGGUGGUAGUAUUGAUAUAAUGAUGGGAAGCAUUGGAAGUACUAGUUCUUCCGAUAUGGCUUCUGGUACUAUGUCGUUGGUUCAUAGUCGUUCUUUGGAGCAUCCGGAUUCGGUGGGCGCUUCGUCGAUCGUACCACAGAUUACUAACAUCGAAAAACCGAUCAUUUCGGUAGCAGAGAGAAUACGAAAUAUGGAGAAAUUCUUAUCCAAUGGCAGUGGAAAUCAACCAGGGUCGGGCUCAUGCUCUGCUUCCAAGCAACCCGGUUCGUCGGCCUCUAGUUCCUCAUCUUCCGCAUUCACUAGACGAGAGUCAUUCCGCUACAAAACGCAACCUGUGACAUCAACAGAGAUCAAUAGCGUCCAGCAGCAGCAAAACAAAUCACCCAGUGGAUCGGGAGCUCUCGAGUGUCCUUCCGAGCCAAUCGCCGGUGGUUGUGAUGUCGAUCGACGCGAAGAAUCCGGCCCUAAACGGAAGGAUUCACCCGAAUGCAGUCGUGAAGAGCUCGGUGGUGAAAACGAUCGUGUGGUGAAAAGUGGGCUAACGCAUAGCAAAGAAAAUAUCCCGGUUGAGAUAGUACCGGAGCGAAGAAUCGCCCCAGAGCACAGCUGCCUGCGCAGUUCGCUAGAGUUGCUGAUUCGACGAAGUAAUUCAGCCGAUCGGAGUGAACCGAAAGCACAAAGCCUUGCAGCUUCCGGCUGUGUGCCUCAAAACGGUGAGCUGCUAGAGGAUCGAAAGCCAUCGUCCUCUUCCUUUGAGCUGCUGUCACCGACACUCGGUACAGCGGAAUCAAACUCGCACUCCAUCAUCAGCGGAGAGUUUAACUUAGCUUCACUCAGCUCCGACUCGGGCGUACAGUUCGGUGGUGGUCGCGGUGGAACGGAGGAGCUGUCCGGUACCACGGACUACGUGCUGUCCUCUUCAGUGAAGACGAGUGAUAGCGAAAAGUCACCCUCGAAGAAAACGAUCGACGACGACGAGGACGAGCUGAACACGGACGAAGCGCUGCUCGCAGAGGAACAGCUGCUGGUGGUACACGUGGAGGACGAAUCCGACGAGGAAAGCCGUCCAGGUAGACUAGAAGGAGGUUGUGUGCUCCUGUCACCCACCUCUUCCUGCUCGUCCGCGCAUGGUUGCAAGUUGAGACCGUCUAGCAGCAACAGCAGCAGCAGCAGCAGCAGCAGUAGCAACGGCAGUAGUAGCGCGAGCAACAGCAAGAAAGGGGAUAUACUUCGGGCAGGAGGUAAGGCAAUAGACGGAGGUCACAGCUCGCCCGGUGGCAGCACUCCCUCGUCGUCCUCGUCGUCCUCCUCGCCAAACAGUGGCAGCAGUAGUGAUCUGAGUGAUCGGGAAUCUGCGUCGACGGCGACAGGACUCGGAACCGCGGAUCAGAUCGACGAUCACGACAUCAUGUUUGGUGGUUGCGUUGGGUUUGGUCGCAGCAGUAGCGGAGGAGGCAGCAGCGGAGGUGAGGACGGCACUGAUAAGGGAUUAUUGCGACGAUCCAGCAGUGUCCGGGCGAAGGCGAGCAUGUUUGCGCAGCUGGAAAGCAAGCUGAAGGAAAACGAAAACCCUCUGAGCCGGCCGAUCGUUCCCCGUCCGAAGCGAGCCCAAUUCACAACGCAGACGAUCUCGCCAACCGACAUCGAACGAAGCAAUAACGCCAUUAACACCGGCCUAAACAUAGGCCAGUUUCGUACCGGCGCCACCCCACCGGUCCACACAGUCAUGAACACGAUACCAACGAACAACAAUAACGUCGUCUCGGAUGACUCAGGCGCCGAGUUUGAUCCUUCGACACUGCAAGUAUCGAAGAAGGUCAAACUGUUCUCGGGCGGAUGUCUAACCGUCCGGGGUGGCGAGGACGGUGACCUGACGGUGGCGGCGGUCACCAACGGAACGGUGACACCUCUCGGCGUGGUCCGGCGCAAGAAAACGCUGCUAAAGCAACAGCAGCAGCUGCAGCUGGAGAAGCAAUGCAAAGAGAACGGAUCAGCCAACGGCACUGGAUCGGAGGGCGAGACCGACCUGCAACAUAUCGUCCCCAAAGUGGACCGCAUCCGCCGGAAGUUUAUGAGCGUCCAGUCGACGCCCAAGUUCUUCAACAGCACGGACAAUGGCGUGCAGAGUCCCGUGCAGGGAGUGAACGGUGAGGACGCAAGCGAUGGCAGCGAUUCGAACGUGGACUCGGGCAAGGAGAAUAAUUACGACAGCGGAGUUGAGAACAUGAACGGCACGGAUCGGCCACCGCAGGGCGGUGCCAUAUCGACCGUGUUGGCUCUGAAGCGAAACUUCCUGAACACGUCUAACCGCUCGAAAUCCUUGCACAAGGAAAAGGAUGCCCCGCUUGAGGUGUCCUCCGAGCUGGACGGUGUGGUGACGAAAGGGAAGGUGUCGAGCAUGGCAAAUCAGUGGAACCGGUUGCGUUCGAUGACGCUCGAUGUGUCGUCGAUACUGAAGUCAUCCGGAACCACGUUCGAAACUCCACCGUCGCCGGCAUGCCGUAUCGGAAAUGGUGUGCUGGCGGAGCGAGAAUGCGAAAGUCUUCCAAUUGCGAGCGAUACGGAGAGAUCGUACAUGCUGGAUUCGUCGCUGGAGCGUUCCGUUUCGCAGAGCAACAACACGUCGCUGUUUGCGCGUAGUUUCAACCGCAAAGCCAACGGUAGCUCAAAGUUCGCCUUGGUGGACGAUCGUUUUGCCAAGUACUUUGGUUGCGGGAAAAACAAAACGGCCAAUGGGCACGAGCUGGAAUCACAGACGCACGACGUAUCGAUUGGCCACCGGUUGUCGACGACAGUUAACGGGCAGAACGGUUUGCUGAAGGAACAUAGCACACCUACGCACGGAUCGUCUAACGGAUGUGCUCAGCAUCAGCAUCCACGGCGGCGAUCGCAAUCGAUGCCCAAAGAAUCGUUGCUACUCGAACAGAGGCUGGAAUCGUUGAUUACUACGAUCGCGACCGGAAACCACGUUGGUACCGCGUGGGAAAACCGUUCCAGCAUACAGCUGGUAAACACGGUCGAAGAGCUAAACCUUACCACCGAGGACCUGUCGAUGGCGGAUACCGAGUUCGAUAAGCUGUUUAUAGAGCACGUGAGUCCCCGAAAGCCUCCGAUGGCGUACCUGCCCCCGAACGCCCAAAAGCUCCCAUUCAUGGCGGAGUUGAAGGGUGGCAUCCUGAAAUCGAAAUCCGGCUGUGUCGGUCUGUUUCCGGCCGAUUUGAACUCGGAGCUGAAGUCGCGGCUCAAAAAAUCGACCCACUCGACCGUCAGCAACCUCAAGAAGUCGACUACCGUCUCGAAUAUCGAAGCGACCCCACCAUCAUCAGUGCACUGUUCGGGCGUUGGAUCCUCGUCGGAGUCCGAGGACGAUGACGAUGAAGACGGUGUGGCACCGGGCAAGAACCUCGCGAAAAUGCUACGCAACGUUUCCAACACGGCCAACAGCGGCGGUGGGAAUAAUCCUGCUGGAGUCCCGCCACCGUCGUACAUACCGCUGCCGGUGCCAUUCCCGCGUACGAUCAUUGGUGACGAAACGGACCCCCACGCGGUCAGUCGGGAGCUGCAGUCGUUCAACAAAAAUCCGGCCGUCGCAAGGCGCCGUCGUCAGAAUGAAGGAUAUAAACAGCAACAGUUGAUUAAAAGCAAAAGUCAAUCCGAGCUUGCCACUUUCAUACCGGCGUCGGCAAUCAUCUACCACAACACGGCCGGUUACGCUCCGAAUGCAUCCACCCCAGCACUGACCCAUGGCAACAGCAGUAGUAAUGCAUUUGCCUUCGGUGGAAAUGCACCGUCUCUAGCAACGCAAUCCCCAGGAGCAGUGACAGGAGGACCAACGAGUUAUUAUCAGGAGCAGAACAAUAACAAGCACAGCGUCGCGUUCGGCAGCGGUGGUGUAUCGGAUUCGCAGGACGAUUUCAGUUUCCCAGCGUUCAGUGCCCUGCGCAGGUGUUUGACAGAAGAAAUGCGACCGGAUCAGGACGGCUCGAUGGUGAAGAGCGUCUCCAUUGCCGAGAGGCUGGCGGCGCUGAAGAAGAGCGGCGAAGACGAUUGGCGCAAACGCGUAUCCAAGAAGGAUGUUCCCGAUGACGUUCGGCGGGAAAAUCUUGUCAAUAAUGCACUAAUCGUUGCCAAGUCCCAGGAAAGCCCAGUGAAGAACAGCUCACCACGACCGUUCAGUCGGCCGGCAGAUUUGGAGGGUGGAAACAUUUCCGACCGGUUGGGUAAGAUCAUCACGUCGUCGGAAAAAUGGAAAAAUCGCGUCGAACUCUCCGAUGCGACAAACUUCACCGUUGCCGGUCGUAUGGCGGCAACGAAAUCACCCAAGUUACCGUUCGUCAAGUCGGACACGAAACAAUCACCUGCCAUGAAUGUGUUCCGCAGUGUCAACCCACCGCAGCUUGGACUCUCCAAAAGUCCCUCCAUGAUGGUGUCCUCCGUCGUCACCUCAUCCACGGUGUACGGGCAACCGCAGCAGCAACCACCUGCGGCAACAUUCGGUGGAAGACCGAUGAGUGUGCCGGCACAGCAAUUUUCUAGUCCCGCUCCGGUUCCGAUGUUCCAGCCACAGAGCCAGCAGCAGCAACAGCAACAGCAGCACCGAGUCGUCGAAAGUCUCAUGAAGCGUAGCAUAAGUGUACCAGGCGUCCCCACCGGUGUGUCUACCGGGCCCAGUCUCGCGGGUGAUCUCAAAACGCACGCCAUCGGCUCGAAGGUGGCCAUCCCGAAGCUGGAUGACGAAAGCUUUGGUUCGUUCUUCGGUACGGUCGCUGGCAGCACUGGUUCCGUCAGCACCGGGUUCACUGCCAGUGCGAUGAUGGCCACCAGCAUUUGCAGCAGCGCCAGUAGCACGUUGAACAGCUCCGAGGUAAUGAUUGGAGAUCUUGAUACGCUGAAGACCUCCGGGGAGAAGCUGUCUCAUAAGAAGGUCGUGCAGGGCCCGAAAGGACGUCGCGCUACGUCACGGAAUCCACUGAAAACGCUAGCCGCCCGUGACGAUCUGCAGACGGAGUACACCGAAAUUAAGACAGGUAUCGCCGACAAGGAGAUGCGCAGACUCAAACUAGAAGCAAUUGCCAAAAAUAGCAAUCUGGCCGUAGAAGCGCUAGCCGGCUUAGCGUCCGUUGAGGAUUUCAAAUCGGUCAGUCUCAAGUCUAGCUCGCUGCCGCUGAAUCAAUCGUUUGUCCCGUACAAACCGCUGAUGUUGCUGCAGGUGAAGGGCCGCCGGCACGCCCAGACGCGCCUGGUGGAACCGGUGGCACGGUCGGUGAACCGGGGCGACUGCUUCAUCCUCGUCACCGCCGACCGGCUGUUCGCCUUUCUGGGCCAGUACGCGAACGUGAUCGAGCGGUCCCGCUGCAAGGAGAUUUGCGACCAGAUCGUCCGCGACAAGGACCUCGGUUGUGGGGCGGCCACCGUGACGCUGCUGAACGAUGGCGGAAGUGGCGUGGGCCGGCAGGCGCGCGACUUUUGGAAGCUGCUUGGCCGCGGCCAGGAAGAUGAGAGCGCCGAGGUGUGUGACUGUGGGCACGCCGACGAGGACGAGCUGUUCGAGGCGUGCCUGAUCGAGACGAACAUGGUGUACGAGUUCCAGGAUGACGCGCUUGUCCCGCUGGAGGAGUACUGGGGUGCGAUACCGAAGAUUGCGAUGCUGGACGUGCGCAAGGUGCUCGUGUUCGACUUUGGUUCCGAGCUGUACGUGUGGAGCGGCAAGAGUGCCUCCUCGGAGGGUAAGCGGGCGGCGUUGCGGUUGGCCCAGGAGCUACAUGGCGGGAGCUACAGUUACGAGGAUUGCCAGCUGAACCCGUUAAACUUUGCGGAACUAUCCGGUGAUCGGCAGCGUGAUGCUCGGCGACUCUCGAAGACGGGCAACAUCCGGCCGGAAUGGUGCUUGAUCGCGCGUGUCACUCAGCACAUGGAGACGGUGCUGUUCCGUGAGAAAUUCCUCGAUUGGCCGGAUGUGACGGUGCACUUCCGCGAAGAGUACUCGCUUGGUGCCGGAGAUGGAUCGUCGAUUGGUGCUGAGAUAAAGCCGCUUGAUGGAGGUCAGCUGUACCGGGGAAAUGAGCCCUAUCAGGAACCGAACCUGGUGCUGGAAAACUCGAACCUCGGGCGGGGCAAUUUCUACUACGAUCAGGACUCGAUGCGCCACUUUGACGUUCGCACGACAUCCGUCACGCAGUGGGAGAUCGACGAGUACGAGUACAAGGAGAUCGACGGUUCGUCUCGGGGUCAUUUCUACGCGGAUGAAAGCUACACGGUACGCUGGAUGUACCAAAUCAGCGUGACGGUGCGUGAGCUCAGUGGUAAGGUUUCAAACCGCAGUACCGUCGUUGGCCGGGACCGGUGCGCGUACUUCUGCUGGCAUGGAAAGGAUGCGUCCGCGAAUGAAAAGGGUGCCGCCGCGUUGCUCACGGUCGAGCUGGACAAAGAGAAAGGAUCGCAGGUGCGCGUAGCCCAGGGCCAAGAAACAGCCGCGUUCGUGCGGCUCUUCAACGUUAUGUUUAUCCAUCGAAGCAAACGCGUGCCAAAGGACACGUGGCGUAUGUACAUGAUCACGGGCAACUUUGCUGAGGAGACGAUGUGUACUGAGGUGGAGAGUUGCAGCAUGCGCCAGUUGCGUUCCCGAGCCACUAUGCUGUUGGUGCACGGUGAAAGAGGUCGCGUAUUGCUUUGGCAAGGUUGUAAAGCGUUACCACAUGCCAAGGAAGUGGCCGCGAACGCGUUGCGUGUCGUACUGGAGCAGAAGUGCCCGGAGCUGUUUGAUGAAACGCUAUCGAACCUAUCAUCUGCCGUGGUCGACGAGGGCCAGGAAACGAGCGAAUUCUUCGAUGCGGUUGGUGGCCAAAACCGGCACCAUUAUCACAGCCUGCUCGGGUCAGAGCAAACGUACGAUUUUACACCGCGCAUUUUCCACCUCAGCAGCAUCAACAAUGGUAACUUCGAGGCGACGGAACUGCACAGUGCGCUUCGUGCGAAGGACCGCCCGACGGCUUAUCCGUUCCGGCAAGAGGACUUGUACUCCGCCCGCCAGCCAACGAUCUUCCUCAUUGACAACGGGCACGUGCUGUGGCUCUGGCAGGGCUGGUGGCCGACCGGUGACGAGUCGGGCAGUGAUAGCGGUAGUGGAAGUGCCACCGGAGAGACCACUCACAGUAGCUUUGACAGUAACCGAUCGGGAGAGAACCGUUGGCAGGUGGAGCGUCGUGUCGCGAUGGAGACGGCCGUAUCGUACUGGAAGUCCAAACGGCAGCAGUUUGGAGACGGUACUCCAGCGGUACAGAACGGUUCGUCGAAUGGGAAUGGCCAUGCAAGGACAUCGCCGUACACGACCACCGACGUCAACGGGAACCAAGGCAUAGACGAGGUCGAUGCGAAACCGUACGAUACUCCAACGGGUCUUCCUGUGUUCGCCGAGGAUCCGUGUUCUGCUGGUACGACUAACGGCGGCGUACACGCCGAGACGGACAUCGUGAAUGGGUUCGUUGUAUGGGCAGGACUCGAACCUCUGGAGUUUACGGCCCUGUUCCCGGAGUGGAUCGAACGGGACGAUGUAGCAGAAAUCAACGUGCAGGAUGGUCGUAAAUCGACACCGCAACCAAUCUUCGACAGUUUGUCACUGAUGACGCGCAAGGAGUACCCGUUGGCGGUAUUGCUGGAGCGCCCGCUACCGGAAGGCGUCGAUCCCACCAAGCUCGAGCUGUACCUUCACGAGCAGGAUUUCCCGCCAGCGCUUGGCCUGUCCAAGCAGGAGUACCAGCAGCUGCCCGCCUGGAAGCAAACGAAGCUGAAGAAGGAACGUGGCUUGUUUUAGGGUGACGUUUGCAAUCGAACGAGCGAAACGGAUGCGAGCACCAGUAGGAAUGAACCAAAUCGAGACAGAGUUGAUCGCGUGGAUUUGUCAGCUUUUUUUUUGUCGUGUCUAAUUUUAAACCCAAAUCCGUUGUCCGUUUUCGUGUUCCGAAGUGAAAUUUUUCGUCCAUAGAUACACAUACCGACUAUGAUAUUAAGUUCCGUUGCGAAUAGUGGAUAACUUCCCUUUCCUGUUCCCGUCCCACUUCAUACGCAACCGAUUAGGCUAGCUUUCUUUUAUUUAUCUGAAAACACACGUAUGUGAGCAACAGAGGGUGCAACAUCGAGAGGAGUGUAGUUCGUUCAUGUGUUCGUUUUUUUUAUAUUAUUUAAAAUACAAAUUUGUUAGCUUAUUUUAUUACAUUCAGGUUCAAAUAUUACUUUUCACUUAAUACCU